AUGGUGCUUAUUUACGUGGGUGAUAUUAUUGUGACAGGAAACAACACUCUGUUACUCAAGCAAUUUAUAUCACAGCUGAACACCAAAUUUGCUCUCAAGGAUUUGGGGCCUUUGCAUUUUUUUUUUGGCAUUGAGGUGCAUAGAGAUGAGUCGAGUCUCUAUCUGAAUCAAGGGAAAUAUGUAAAGGAGCUGUUGUCCAGAACAGGAAUGCUACAUUUGAAGCCUUGUCAAACACCAAUGACAACUGGAAAGUCACAAUCUAAAUUUGAUGGAGAGCCUCUUCAAAAUCCCACAGAGUAUCGAAGCAUCAUAGGCGGACUGCAGUACUUAACCCACACGAGACCUGAUUUGAGUUUUGCUGUAAACAAACUCAGCCUGUUUCUUCAAGCUCCUACCUCAGCCCACUGGAGUGCAGCAAAACGGGUUCUUCGCUAUCUCAAAGGGAUGAUAAAUCAUGGUCUACACAUUAAAUUUGCUAAUCAUUUAUCUCUCAGAGGGUACUUGGAUUCUGAUUGGGCCUGCUACCCCGAUGACAGGAGAAGUGUGGCAGGGUAUUGUGUGUAUUUAGGUGAUACUCUUGUGUCUUGGUCAUCCAAGAAGCAAGUUGUUGUUUCACGCUCAAGCACCGAGUCAGAGUAUCGAGCACUUGCCCAUGUUUUAGCAGAGAUAUCUUGGAUUACAUCCUAA